CUUUAGUAAUGGUUGGCAAACAAUAAACACCUUUGAAUAGCAAGAACGUUUUAUUUUUCAUAGAUCCCAAUGAUUAGUGUAGAUUUCACCUUAGGAUUCUUUGAUUUUUUUAAAAAAAAAUUAUGAGUACGUUAAAUUUUUGGUUGAUAGAAAAGCAUGUGAGAGUAUCAUUCAACUAUGAUACUUUUAUUCAUAGUUGAUGCUACCAACCAAAAACUACAAAAAUGAUUACGAACUUACUUUUAACAAUUUUGAUUAAAAUAAGAAAAAAACAAUUUGCAAUGGCAGAAAGCUAGAAGUUGCCAAAAGGCUAAAAAUAAACAAAACCUAAAGAGAAAGAUGAAGAGAAAAGCAACAUUUUAAACCAAAAGAAAAAAAAAACACAUUAUCAAAAGCUAAAGCAUCCUCCUCUUCGAGGUCGUUCCUAUAUAUCUAAUAAGAAGUAGACAAUAAGAAGAGAAAAUCAACUUGAAAACACAAGAAAGAGAUGAUCAGAGGGGGGGGAGGAAAGUCUUCAGGUUACUCUGCAGAUCUCAUGGUCUGUUUCCCAUCAAGAACACACUUGUCUCUACCUUCUAAAUCCAUUUGCAGCCCUUCUCACUCCCUUAGCCGCCGUCAAACCGCUCCUCAACACCGCCGCAGCUUCAGUAAGCUCUCGGGAAGCGGCGGCGUACGUCGGAGUCGCGUAAGGGAGAUGGUGGAAGAACCCACGUCGCCGAAAGUCACGUGUGCCGGUCAGAUCAAAGUGCGGCCGAGAAAACGCGGAGGAGACAAGAACUGGCAGUCGUUGAUGGCGGAGAUAGAGAAGAUACAUAGAAGCAAGUCGGAGAGCAAGUUCUUGGGGAUCAAGAAAGAUGUCAUGGGGUUCUUGACUUGUCUCCGUGACUUUGAUUUCCGGUGUUUCGGUGCGUUUCCUCCGGUAGAUCCAGUCUCCGACCAAGAAGACGAAGACGAGGACGAAGAGGAAGAAGAAGACGAUGAAGAUGAAGAUGGAGGUCCAGCGAUGAGGACACAUUCAGGGACAGUUUUCUCAAACUGGUUGACGUUUCUACACGAAAAGCAAAACAAUGAAGAGUGUACCAAAGCGGUUUCGGACAACGUGGAAACUGCGGUUCCGCCGCCAAACGCGUUGUUGCUGAUGCGGUGCAGAUCUGCGCCUGUUAAGAACUGGUUAGAGACAGAAAAGAAGAAGAAAAUAGAAUGUGAAGACGCUAGACAACAGAGCGGAGAAUGCGAGAAGGAGACAGUGAGCAAGAAGAAGGAUCUGAGAUCAUUGAUGGAGGAGGAGGAGGAGGAGGAGGAUGUGAAUAGGGUGGUGAUGGACUACGACACAAAUUAUUACAAACUCUCUUCAGACAUAGCCAAGGAAACUUGGGUUGUAGGUGGAAUUCAAGAUUCUCUGUUUCGAAGUCGAAGCUGGAAUAAAUGAUCUUUGUUCGUGGAUCAUUGUUAAUCCCUUUGUAAAACUAAUACCUUUUUUUUUUUUUACUUUCUUGUGAGUUAAGUUAUAAGUGAAAGCUUUUCUUAUAAUAAUAAAACAUCCCUGUGAAUAAAUUUGUGAC